UUGUUUUUCUUGCGCACCUCAACAGUUGAACGUCCCGACAGGACCGCCGGUCUUAUCUAAUGGCACUCGGCGCCCUUAUCUCAAUGUUGAUGGGAUCGACGGACGAUCCAUUCAAACGAAUUCAACAGAUUGCUUUGAAGACUUCCAUUCGAUUCGAUUCUAUCGUCUAGGAAAAUCUACUCUAACAAAACAACAAAACCAACAAAAAGAAGAAACAUGAGGAGCAGUCAACUGGUUCGAAUUGGUCUGCUGGUAGUGUCAUCGUCGUCUUCCCUAGUGGUAUCUCAAGAAGAAAAGGAGUCGUCAUUACAUCAUCUCAGGACGGCCACGCGAAGAAAUCAAGAGGAAGAUGGCACUGUGGAUUUAGAGCAAGAAUCCAACACUGUGGUAGGAGGCACCACCGCAUCGGAUGGAGAGUUUCCUUUCUUUGCCCUCUUUGGGGAUACCAAUUGUGGUGGAACAAUGAUCUCCGACAACAGAGUGCUUACGGCUGCCCAUUGCGUCGCUUCUGGAGCUCCCAGAUCCGUCCGAGUUGGAGCUUCUACUACCAGCAAUGGCGUCGAGGUUGGCGUGUCAUGUUCCAAAACUCACCCUGACUGGAACUCGGAAACACCAUUCAUCAAUGACGUUGCAGUACUAAAGCUUUUCGGAUCAACCACUGUCAGCCCCUUUGCCACCCUCAACACCAACACGGCCACUCCUGCUGGAGGAGCAGAUGUGCUACUCGUUGGCUUUGGACAGACCACUGCAGGAUCCUCGACGGGAACGGGCUCCGAUACACUACAAAAGCUCACGUAUAGUGCCAUCUCAGAUACUGAUUGUGCUACAGCUUGGGGGAGCCGCGUUUCCGCCAGUUCGAAUAUUUGCGCUCAGAACACUGCUACUACAGGAGCCUGCUUCGGUGACUCUGGUGGCCCUCUAAUGGCCACAGACAAAACCACUCAAUUGGGACUGAUUUCGGGGGGAUCCUCCAAUUGUGCCAGCGGCGGAGUGCCAGAUGUGUAUACGGAAGUUGCCAACUUCAAUGGUUGGAUCACAGAACAGUUGACAGAUAGCUCCUGCGACGCAUGUCCCUACUCGCAAGGAUGCUUGGAAGUGGUCCGUCGCUGGAUGGCGCAAGCUGCACACCGGUUCUCUUGGUAAUUUAAAGAAGUCAAUUGAAUUGCACUGCCUCUGCGAAUCUUAGCAGCAGCGACAGUCUACUACUUUUUACAAUCCGCAGCGAAAGGGAAACGUGGUGGUUCAAAGGGACAGUGAUGACAGUAGUGUUACGUUUGGAGACAAGAAUAUCGCAUGCUCAAGGAUGCAAGCUUGCACAAGGAAAUCGGAAGCAUGGUUGUUUGCACGUCGUCGCUAGCUACUGACACUCGAUCGAUGACUGGUUUUCCACCAUUGUUCAGAGCCUCCCUGAAGCAUCUAGUAUCAGGCGCCGGCACCAGGGUCAUUGAACCUCUUCUCAACCAACAUUUCUCCUGGCUUGCCAGCUAGCUAGUUAGUCAUCGAUGUAUUUUUGUGGUUUGCGAGCAGUAGCAAUAGAUAGCUAGUCCUCCUUUUUGAGAGGCUCCAUGGCUUCAGUUCUCUCAGAGCUGCCAGCCACGAGUCGGAUGGGAGCAGGUAAUCGUGGUGGAUGACGAGAAGUUUGACAGAGUCCAUUGGCCUGGUCCUGUAGUUAGCUACAUCGGUCUCACGCCUACUAUCCCUCAUCAGCACAGCCAGCCAGCAAACGAGCCACUGAC